GUGCAAGAUGAAAUGUUAUUAUUUAGUUAAUGUAAUUAUAUAUAUACCAUAUGAAGUUGAGAUUUGUUUAUAAAAGCUACAUUGUACAUUUAUACCACGGUAAGCAGCCAAGCUUGAAUACGAAAACGCCAAUCAAUCAAAUUAAAAAUCAUUCAUGCGCAUAACGGAACGAAGUGUUCUUCUGACUAUUCAGGUACGCAUCAUAUAUGCGUUUCAUAUCGCGGGUGAUUUGAUCUCGGGAAAAUAUUUAAUUUAAACUAAAACAACAAAGAUUUAUGCAGAAGGAAAACCCUGUAUUAUAGGUUCGUAGUUUGUUUAAUAGGUGCUGCCGUUUAAUAACGCAGGUCAAAAAUGAGCUUGAAGCGAGAACACUUGAAGACUGUUCGACUGCAGGACAUGUCUGAAUUAGAAUGUUCUGCAUUGCGCAAGCUUGCGUUGGAAUACUUACAAAACAUUGGGGCGACGUUUUCCGUCCCCAGAGACAUCAACGCAUUGAGCAAAAAGCACUCAUUAAGAAAAAAGUACGCAUUCUACUUGAGCACGAAGGACAAAAACAAAGACCAGGAUCGUGUAUUUGGAAUCCCACUGGAGAAAGUUGUUGAAAACGACCAACUGCUUCGUUUACAAAAAUCCGCUUCGUUUGCCGCGAAUUCGGAUUUGUUCGCCACUGACAAUCAUGAUUCUGUGGUACCCCAAAGCGGCUCCGAGAUGACAGACAGGUCACCAGUAGCAGCAGGCGCACAAGAAAGCAAUAUAACGUCAAAACAUACAUGCGAUUGUACAAAUGCAUUAAACUGUACGUCAAUUCACACUCCCCCAACAUCUAAACGAAAUGUUUCAUCUGAAUCACGACCACUAAAACGACGGGGAGCUAUCAUAGCCGACUCCGUGAAUGAGAUCGAUCCAUAUCAGUCUCAGUUACUUGAAGCCCUGUCAAUAACAGAGACAACACACAACCAUCGCAAAGAUGAUCGAAGUUCACUUCUCCCACCGACCAUGGCACAAGUCCCAUACGUCGUUCAAAAGUGUUGCGAUCACAUUACGGAGUAUGGUAUCCAUGUCACGGGCAUCUUUAGAGUUGCUGGCUCGAAAAAGAGAGUAAAACAGUUACGGGAUGAGUUCGAUCAUGGAGCUGAUGUUGAUAUAAAUGCGGAUUACAAUCCACAUGACGUCGCAGCUCUUUUAAAAGAGUUUCUACGAGACCUGCCAGAGGCUUUACUUACCAAAGAUUUGUAUCCCGCUUUUAUUUCUUCCUCAACUUUGAUUAUGGAAGAACGCAUACCUACAAUACAAGCAUUGUUAUGGCUGUUGCCCAUGCCUAAUCGCGACACUUUGUAUACGUUGGUAAAGUUUUUGUGGAAAAUUGCCAAACAUUCCGAAACAACUUGUGAUAAAUAUGGAGAGCAUGUGAGUUUAACUACUUCAAACUUAUUAAGUAAUAAAAUGAACUGCAUAAAGGUUGAAGGAAAUAAAAUGAAUAUUGAAAAUCUUGCCACAAUUUUUGGACCAAACCUUUUGCAUCGGUUCAAGAAAACCAGCAGUGAAUCACAGAUUUUAAAACAAGAUCUACCAGAAGAUUAUAGUAACGUCAUUAAAACAGUAACGACCAUCAUCAAACAUCAUGAAGAACUAUUUCAGUUAAAUGAGAAUACACAACACAAAGUUUUAAAUUUUCUAAAAACGUCAUAUCCUGAAGCUGUUGAAUAUUUGUUGCGAAGAAAGACGGCGAAUUAUAUGAGGACACUUUCGACAAAUACCGAAGCAGCAGAUGUAGAAAAACAAAAUACAACAACAAAGACUGGUUCGGAUUCAAACGUUGCAUGUUCUCGAUUAAGCUACCAGCAUGCAAUGAAACAUAUCACACCAACGCCACGGAAGCAAACUCAUCUUAAUAUAGAUCGCCAACAGCCCAUGUUCUCAACACUCCACGAAAAACUAUCCCCAAAGAAUAGAAUGAAUGAAGGAACCAGCAAGAAAUGGCUGAGUAAUACUGAGCGCGCAGUUGGUGAGUUUCGAACAUUGUCCAGUCGUCUUGCUGACCAUGUAGCAACAGUUGAACUGGACCGAACUGCCAGCCCAACCUCACAUGCAAGCAUGGAUGAUGUUUCAACUUCUUAUAAAAUAGAAAAUACACCCACGAUAUUUGAGGAUAAAAGUAGAAAGGAUGUCAUUCGCCGUAAAGAACAAAGAACAAACAAAUCCAUGUCUCCUGAAGUCCGUAGACGUGGCGGAGUCUGCAUCAAUGCUCCUUAUUCCCAUACAACAGGACGGAUCCCUGACAACAAACGUUUUUCUCAAAAUUCUUCAUCGGAAUCAGAAAUGGAUUUGUUUGGUUCUGUCGAUUCCCUUGACAAGACCAUCAUGGAACUGCAAUCAGGUUUUCAUUUCAGUGGACCGAACAUACUGUCAACUACUACUGGUAAUCACCCACCCGGGCUAAGCCCUCGGUUCCUGCGCAAAUACAAUGUAACUAAAACGACACUUCCCCACAAUAAUUACCAUAAAGUACAAACAAGACCAACGAGUUUACCCCAAACUGAAAACCAGGACUCUGUCUUUAAUUCACUCGAUAAGAAACCAUAUUCUUGUUGGUUGGACGAUUCAAGUAAUGAGCGGAAUGCAACCGGCAAAAUGAUUGCUUCGUGGCAAGAUAUGCCAACGACCGUGCUGUAAUUAUUCAACCGGAAAACAUUUGUUAUGUUAUAGUGAGGUGGUGAUAGAUAGCAAUUAAAACAAAAUUUUGAUUAUUUGA